UUUGCCAUUUCCAGUUCCAGAAAUGGGAAUGAACACUUGACCAAUAUCUUGCCAGUUUGUAGUACUUGGUUGCUGAAAACACAUCUGCCCCAUUGUCUUCCACUGGAACUUUUGUGCUGUCGGGGUUUCAUUUUUAGAAAAGAUAAAGUCCUUAAAGGAGAGAACUAUUGGAACUCAUGAUCAUUUCUUUAUGCUGGAGUUUCAUGUCCGCUUUCCGAUUACAAGAUGUAUUGCCUUUUGCUGUUGAUCCUCUUAUUUUGCGGCAAGGUGAAAAGUCAAGAUAAUGUGUUCACUAUCAAUAAAGUUUCACUCCAGGCUUUUCCACAAAAUAAAGUGCGCAAUGGAAACCCACUCAUCCUCAACUGUUCUGUGGAUAUUAGCAAGAAUGAACAUUUCCGACUGAAUUACACGUUUUCAUUUUUCAAGGAUGAUGAACUCCUGUUCACUAACACAAUUGAACAAGACAGCGCCCAUUAUACGAUCUCACAGGCUAGAUUUUCUUCUUCAGGAGUCUAUGAAUGUUCAUUAAGUGUUGAGGAGAAAAAAAAAUCUAGUAAUCCUUUGACCAUUAAAGUUGAAGGCAUAAUGAAGCCAAUAUUGAGUGUCCAGAGAACAGCAGUGAUGGAAGGUGAAAAUGUACUUUUACGCUGUGAGGUGCCAGAAGAAAAGCCACCUUUUUUUUUCACAUUUUAUAAAACUGCACAGUUGGCAAAUGGAGUUGUACAUGAGAGGAAACGAAGUUCGCAACGUGAAAAUUUUGUUGAGUUAGAAUUCCCCAUCGAUGCUGGAGACAAUAUUUUAUAUUUUGAAUGUGCUGUCCAGAUGAAUUCAGAGGCAGGACGUGAAAUCUCAGAGCGUAGUAACCGAACAAUUGUCACCGUUACCGAACCAUUUUCUGUUCCUAAAAUAACUAUCGACCCACCACAGAAUAUUACCGAAGGGGAUAAGAUCUGUAUAACGUGUUCGACAGUCCUACUUCGCCAGGAUCAAACUGAAAUUAUCUUGCAGAAAAACAAAACAAUUCUGAAUAGCACGAAGGGCAGAGAGACCCUAACAUAUUGCAAGAUAGUCAAGAUGGAAGACAAUGGCAAUUAUAUGUGCAAAGUGGAGCACGGAAGUGUAUCUAAAACUGACAAAGAAGAACUUGUGGUGGCUGAACUGUUUUCCAAACCAAUAUUAGUGGUUAAUAAAACCAGCUGGGAUGAAAACAGCAUUGUACAAAUUCACUGUCAAGUGAACGGUCCAAUGCCGAUCAGUCUCUCGCUCAUGAAGGACAACAAAAUAUUGGCAAACUCCAGCACUUACUGGGCUGAGCUCCAUGUAUCUGACACUGGAAUCUAUAUGUGUAGAGCAGAGAUAAACAACAUUUCCAAGACAAGUGACCCAGUAUUUCUCCGUGUUUAUGCUCCAGUUUCUCUGCCUGUCCUUUAUCAACCAGUUUCCCAAAUAGCUGUACUGGAGAAGUUCUUUGUCUUACAAUGUUACUCAAGGUUUGGGACUCUGCCUAUCACAUACACCCUUUACAGAGGGAAUAUACCUAUCAGGAAGAUUGUGACCAGAGAAAACAUACCAGCAAACUUUACGGUCAAAGCGAAUAGCAUCCACGAGUCUGGACAAUACAGAUGCCGUGCUAACAAUGGCCACUCUCUUUCGCAACAAAGCAAAAGGUUAAAUGUCACAAUAAUAGCUCCAGUUGUUAACGUAACUUUUGAAAGAGAACCACAGGAGAACAUAGAAGAUGGCAAUGAACUCUUAUUUUUCUGCUCGGUUGCAUCAGGAUCCUUCCCUAUUGAGUUCCACUUUUUUAAAGAGAAUGACGCCAAAUUGUUACAUCGUGUCAUAGAAAAGAAAAAACUGUCAGUUAUUUGGCACAGGCAAAGCUUCACAAGCCAGGACGAAGGGAGCUACUUCUGCAGAGCUGACAACCAAGCAAACUCUUUUGUGGAAAGCCAAAAGAUCCUGAUCAAGGUUGUCAUGGCUUCGUGGAAGAAAGGACUUAUUGUAGCCACAAUCCUCCUGAUUUUUCUUGCUGCUAUAAUUACAAUCGUUUGGUUGAAUUGUCGUUUGAAAGCAAAGGCGAAAAACACUUCUACGGAGUUGUCUGUAUCCAAAAGAGCAACCAAUUCAGUGGGUGGGAAACUGACAACAGGACACAAUAACGAAGGAGAAUUCUAUUAUGGUUCGGGGCAUAAUGAAGACGGCGAAAAAAAUCACAUCAGUGCAAAAGAGGAUAAUAGAGGAUCUGACCUUGACGCUCCUGAAGUGGAAUAUACGGAAGUACAAGUAUCAGUGCCUGACCCUUAUCGAGCUCCUGUAAUGAAUAAUGAGACAGUUUAUACUGAAAUCAGAAAAACUAUUAAUGAUGCUGAGGAGAACAGACAUUCUAGAAUAGAACCUUCUCCUGACGGGACUUAGGAAAAGGUGGCAGAGGAAAUCCAUGAAAACAAGAUGGAGGAUGUCUUACCAGUUCCAGUUAUUCUGCAGCAUUUAGGUGCUUUCAGAAGUCGCACUUUGCUUGAGUGGUUGGUAACCCCUGUGGGGUGAACCGAGCAUCCACAGUAUACAGUACUUUUGCUGUCUGCCAUUGCCAUCUCAUAACAUAGUGAGGCAUACUUUCCAAAUGUUCCAUAUUUUCUUCAAUGCCAUUCUAAGUGGAAGCACGUAUUUACAAGAAGUAUUUGCCAUCUCAGUUGGUUGUUCUGAAUCUUUCAAGCCAGAAAAUAUACCUGCCAGAUACAUUUUCUAGAGGUGACUUCCCUGUCCCAGAAAACCAUGCAAGCAUUCUGGCAAUGAGUUUGCAGGCACAAACACUGCUGGUAUCAACAUUUCAAAGCAGUGGCUUCCAGACUGAAAUGUGAUCUACACAAAAACGUCUUUCACAUGGGAAAGCAAAAUGUUGUGUAACGUUUCAUGUCACUUUUGCACCAUCAAUGAAAUGUUUCUGUGCUCCUUGGCCAGAUAAGUGGUAAGAAAUGUUUAUUCAUGUGCCUGUCUCCUGUCACAAAUAUCCGUUUCCAAUGGACCAUAAAAAUGUCCUUAAAGGAGUUGCCAUUUGAAAUGUGCAAUUAGCUAUUGUUUGCUCUAAUGAAUAGUUCUCCUAUUACAUCUGACUCCUCAGAGCUAAACAUGUCCCGUAAGAACCAAAUGCCAUUCUGACAAUAGUGUUUAAAUAAAUACAUCUGUGCAAAGAGUUUGGUUUUUUUCCCCAAGAGACUAAUCAGUUGCUGUGCAGCCUUGAAUUUUAAUUGCCAUUUGUCAAAUAAUCUCAAAUAACUUCUCUGAACUCUAAAAUCCUCAUAACUGGUGAGCUGUUUGGUUAUGCCUAGAAAAACCAAGGCCUGACAAUAAUGAUGAUAGUGUUGUUAAAUGUACACAUCACACUAAGGCAUGGUUUACUUAAUCAUGGUUUCCUAAGUCACAAUGAUUUGAUUCCCACAAUAUGCUAAGCCAGUGAUGGUGAACCUUUUAGAGACCGAGUGCCCCAAACCCAACCCCUAUCCCUUUCUCUGCUCCGCCCUGCCCGCUGGGCCACCCACCAUCUCCAUGGCCCGUCACAGAUCACCCAGGCAAUCCAGCAGCGCCAUGGUGGCCACGCCCUCUGCCUGUGCCCCGCAGCAGCAUCUGUGCACGACGGGGCACAAGGGCGGAGUCUUGCCCCCGCUGCCUGGCUACCUUGUCCUUGGUUGCGCUGCUUUGCAUGGACCGUGCCCAGGGGCAAUUCUCCAGGGGGGCUGCUGGUGAGGAGGGGGCCAUGAGAGAAGGUAGGGCUGGGGCAACGGUACGUGUGCCCACAGAGAGGGCUCUCAGUGCCACCUCUGACAUGUGUGCCAUAGGUUCACCACUGCUGUGCUAAGCCAUCACCCCCAGCCUAUGAUGACAUAUUCAAUAAGCCAAGAUUAAGUGAUACAUACUGUAUAUAAUACUGCCACAGUGCACAAAUAUUAUAUUAAACAAAUAUGGGAACAAAACAGUAUCAGAAGCCUAUUUCCUGUCUGUUUCCCCAAUGCACAUUCAACAUAAUCAGUGUUCAUAGGAUCUUGAUGCAGUGACUAUGUGCAUGUGUUGUUAUUUCAAAAGUUACAUGAAAAUAAAUGGAAGACUAGCUAGUUGGCAUGACUAGCUGAUGUCCAUUCAGUCUAUUCCAAGGUAGCCUUUGCAUAAACCAGAGGCUCUAUGACAAUUGCAGCAUUCUUGAUUCUCUGCCAUGUUGGCUGGGCCUGUGGGAAUGGUUGUUUAUCCUGACUGGAGAACCACAAGUUUUCCAACAUUGUCUUACUUUCUUGAAACAAUCCUUAGACCAUAUUUGCAUAUAAGCUGCUUUUUUUGCCAUUGCUUCUUCUGAGGAUCAAAUCUCUGGAGAGCAGACUCUUGAUGGCAAUUUACUGCUAGAAUAAAUUAUCCACAUGCAAAUCUAAGUGAAAUUUUGUUAUUCAAGUUUACCUCAGUUUUAACUGAUGGGAAGAAUGGAAUCAGAUGUUAAUUUAUAAUAAGUAUUCCAUGUGACUUUCAUUUAAGUGCAUUGUAUUGAGUUAAAGACAAGAACGAUUUCAGCUUAAUCUGCUGUGCCAGUACAAACUCAGGAUUAGCUAUGUUGAAAGAAAGCAGAGAACAAAUCCUCAAAAAUAAUUCUACAAGUUCUCCGUAAGUUGCUUAAAAAUCAAGAUAAAUGCCUCAGUGGUAAAAGCAGUUCAUAAUUAAAUCAAUUAUGGAGACAGACAGUAGCUUCUCCUUUAUUGGAGAUUUUCAAGCAGAUGUAAGCCCAACAUUUAAGGAGCUGUAGCUCUGGAUCUCCUGAACUCAGCAGAAGGUUGGACCUCAUGAUCUACAAGAUCUUUCCAACUCUGUUUUCAUGAUAUCUCAGAUCAAUUCAUAUUUUAUUAGUGUUUAGGAACAAGCACAUACACACACUCCAACAUAACAAAGAAAAAUGCAUGAAUAAGUCCUAAUGUACCAUAAAGUCAAGUGUUAUUUUUUUCUAUUAAAUGCUCUGUAAACAAAUAUUGUGAUUAUUCUCAUGAUCUCUGUAGAUUUGUAACAUCAGUUCUAAUAUGAAGAACAGUAUCCAUGUUUCAAGAAACUGUAUUUUGACUCAUAGAAAAAGUGAAUCUAUUUAGGUCAUCCUUAGCAAAAUAGUAUUAAAAUACAGUAUCCCAGCUUUUAAAGAACAAGAUGAAAUCAUGCUGCAGAGUCUUUGCAACAUCCCUCUUGAUGUGCAUACAAAAUCCACACCGUGCUUUCCUAUUCAGAUAUUCUAUAUAAUUUGAUGUGGUAUUUCAUUAAAGAAAUAAUUUAAAUGUCA